GGGGGCGGGACCGGGACGCACGCGGGAUGGCGGAGUGGGAGGUGCGCGGGGUUGAGGGUGCUCCCGUGUCCGGUGUGCACCCCAUGGCCCCCGCCAGGGAGACCGAGUCCGGGCCAGGGGCCGGAAUCGCGGCGCAUGGGCUGGGGCUGGAGUUGGGGUUGGGGUUGGGAUCGGGGUUGGGAUCGGGAUCCGGGUCCCCCGCGGCUUCAAGUUUCCUCUCGCUGUUACGAGAGCGUAGGAGGCGCGGCCGUGGGGUGGGGUGGGGCCUGUCCGCGAUGUGCUCACCCUGGUCCCUCGGGACCGUUGCCUUUGCGGCUGUUUCUUGUGCAAUACCCGAAGCCUGCGUUUCCUGCUGCCUGGGGUCGGGGCGGGGGCAUCGCGCAGGCCAGAACGGCCCCUGCGUCGGUAGGCCAGAGCCCCUGCCCAUCAGCCCCUUUAGGGGGUUCGCCGGCUGUCCGGUGUGGGGGUAUGGCAGGCCCUGGAGGACUCGGCUUCUCCGCUCACCCGACCCGCCGCACCCCAGCCAGGCCAGGUCAGAGCAGCCCACCAUGGGAUGGGGAGGGGGUGGAGGCUGCACCCCGCGCCCACCCAUCCAUCAGCAGCCGCCGGAGCGCCGCGUGGUCACCGUUGUCUUCCUCGGCCUCCUGCUGGACCUCCUGGCCUUCACGCUGCUGCUGCCCCUGCUGCCUGGGCUGUUGGAGAGCCACGGCCGUGCCCACGACCCCCUCUAUGGCUCCUGGCAGGGCGGGGUGGACUGGUUUGCCACCGCCAUCGGUAUGCCAGUGGAGAAGAGGUACAACAGCGUCCUGUUCGGAGGUCUCAUUGGCUCAGCCUUCUCUGUCCUGCAGUUUCUGUGUGCGCCACUCACUGGGGCCACCUCUGACUGCUUGGGGAGGCGCCCGGUGAUGCUGCUGUGCCUGGAAGGCAUUGAGAACACAAGUGGCCCUCAGAUGCUUCGAAAUAGGGCAGGGUCGAGGGGUGUUGCCUGGGUUGCCAAGCCCUACUCUGGGCCACUCCUGGCCUUAAGUGACCGCCCCUGCCCCUUGGCCCCUGCCCCUGGGCAGAUGGGUGUGGCCACCUCAUAUGCAGUCUGGGCCACCUCUCGGAGCUUUGCGGCCUUCCUGGCCUCCAGGCUGAUUGGGGGCAUCAGCAAAGGGAACGUGAGCCUCUCCACGGCCAUCGUUGCUGACCUGGGCUCGCCUCUGGCCCGCAGUCAAGGCAUGGCGGUCAUUGGGGUGGCCUUCUCGCUGGGCUUCACCCUGGGCCCUAUGCUCGGAGCCUCCCUGCCCCUGGAAAUGGCACCCUGGUUUGCCCUGCUCUUCGCAGCCUCCGACCUGCUGUUCAUCUUCUGCUUCCUGCCGGAGACGCUGCCCCUGGAGAAACGGGCGCCCUCUAUCGCCCUGGGCUUUCGUGAUGCGGCCGAUCUGCUCAGCCCCCUGGCCCUGCUGCGCUUCUCGGCUGUCGCUCGUGGCCAGGAUCCACCCUCUGGAGACAGGCUCAGCAGCCUGCGCCGCCUGGGCCUAGUCUACUUCCUCUACCUCUUCCUGUUCUCGGGCCUGGAGUACACGCUGAGCUUCCUCACACACCAGCGCUUCCAGUUCAGUAGUCUGCAGCAGGGGAAGAUGUUUUUCCUCAUCGGCCUCACCAUGGCCACCAUCCAGGGUGCCUAUGCCCGGCGGAUCCACCCUGGCGGGGAAGUUGCUGCCGUGAAGCGGGCCCUCUUGCUGCUGGUGCCUGCCUUCCUCCUCAUCGGCUGGGGACGUUCUCUGCCCGUGCUGGGCCUGGGGCUGCUGCUCUACUCCUUUGCCGCCGCCGUUGUGGUGCCCUGCCUGUCCUCCGUGGUCGCUGGCUAUGGCUCCCCAGGGCAGAAGGGCACGGUCAUGGGUACACUGCGCAGCCUAGGCGCUCUGGCCAGGGCCGCGGGGCCCCUGGUGGCUGCUUCAGGUGAGGGCGCGGGAUGGUGCUGGGGCAGCCUGGGGGCCACGCACCUGCCCUCGCCUCCCCAGUGCCAGCCCCCUCGGGGCCUGGGUGACGCUGCCAUCUCUCCACAGUGUACUGGCUGGCCGGGGCCCAGGCCUGCUUCACCACGUGGUCCGGGCUCUUUUUGCUCCCCUUCUUCCUCCUGCAGAAGCUGAGUUAUCCGGCACAGACGCUCAAGGCUGAGUAGCUGAGCCACUGUGCCCAGGCUGUGGGCACCAGGCAGAGAGUGGGAGCCUAGGUCAGGCCCCUGCCCACUGCCUGACCCUCCGCUCCUUCCCAGUCCAGGGAGACCCUGUGGGUGGGGGCUAGCCCCUAAGCAGGAAGUUCAGGCAGCUCCUCCAGACUUACUCCUUGGAUGACUCCGAACUGCAGCACUCCAAGGCUGUCAAGGUUCUGUUUGUUUUUUUAAACUAUGCACCAGUUUCUGAUGAUGAAAUAAAGCACCUGUUUAUACCAA